AUGGGACUAUGGCUAAGAAACGCGCAUCUUCAUCUGCUAAACGUGGUCUUUGGACAGAGUGCUACCCGCGGUGGUAGACAAGCUAGUGCUCAUCAAACUAGAGCUCAGACUAGGACUCAGGCCACUCCUCAGCCUGAAGUUGUGAAUGGGGGUCAGCCCCGAGUUGCGUCAGAGCAAGUGCAGGAACAAGUGGUUCAGAACACUCCACCGGCACCAGCUGCUGCCCCUACUAUUGCUAUGCCCGCGGAUGUACCGACCGCAUUAUUGAAUGUGUUGGAGGCAUUGGCGCCCAAUCAUGGUGGAAUUUGUGGUCCUCGAGGCUACUUCACAAGCACAAGCUCAACCACCGAGUUUGAUGCUUCACCAACUUCUAUUGAACCUCAGAAGUUCAUUGAUCGUUGUGAAAAGAUAUUGACUACGUUGGGGCUGAAGGAGACUCGUGGUGUGGAAUUUGCCACUUUCUUAUUCUCAGGGUCUGCAGAGUCUUGGUGGAUUUCGAUUCAGAGAGGUAGACAAGCAGGGUUACCACCUAUUACUUGGUCAGAAUUUUUAGCACUGUUUAAGGACAGGUUUAUUCCAUUAAGCAAGCAAGAUGACAUAAGACGUCAGUUCAAUAAUCUACGGCAGGGAACUAUGACCGUUACAGAAUAUGAGCCCAAGUUUACAGAUUUGUCCAGGUAUGUACCUUAUUUGGUAGAGGAUCCGAGAGAGAAGUUGACACUCGCUCUCCGUUACGAGUCCUAUCAAGAGAUGGAUAAAGUUGAGCGUGAAAACAAAAAGUCACGUAACACGAGUGGGUUUAGUGGUGCUCCAUCUGGGGGCAAGAGUGGUGUUUAUCAUGGGCAGUCCAGAUCUACUCGGUCGGAAUCGGUGGUGCGGUCUUCUAGUGGUUAUUCGGCUAGACGGGCCCGGCGAGCAGAUGCAGAGGAAGGUGGUAGAAAUCACAGUGGUCGUUGCUUUGGGGCAGAUGGGGCUUGUUUUACUUGUGGUGAAAAGGGGAAUAUUGCUAAAUAUUGUCCUAAAGGAAAUUCUGGUGCUAGUCGAGCUACUACACAGCCGCAGGGAAAGAAUGUUACUAUUGAUAGUGUUCCUGUUGUUCGCGAAUUUGCGGAUGUAUUUCCCGAAGACUUACCCGGCCUACCCCCGAUGAGGGAAAUCGAGUUUAGCAUUGAUUUAGUUCCAGGGACUCAACCUAUCUCUAUUCCUCCAUAUCGUAUGGCUCCUGCUGAGCUGAGAGAAUUGAAGGUUCAACUCCAAGAGCUUCUUGAUAAGGGGUUCAUUAGGCCUAGUGUAUCGCCUUGGGGUGCACCUCUGCAGGGUGCUACUCAUUUUUCCAAAAUCGACUUGAGAUCAGGUUAUUAUCGGUUGAGAAUCAAGACCGAGGAUAUCUCCAAGACAGCUUUUCGGACCAGAUAUGGGCAUUUCAAAUUUUUGGUGAUGUCAUUCGGGCUGACUAAUGCCCCCACAGCAUUUAUGGACCUCAUGAACAGGGUAUUCAAGCCAUACUUAGACCAUUUUGUGAUUGUGUUCAUUGAUGAUAUUUUGGUCUACUCUCGAAGUGAGGCUGAGCAUGGACAACACUUGAGAAUUAUGCUACAGACACUUAAGGAACGAAAGCUUUAUGCCAAGUUCUCAAAAUGUGAGUUCUGGUUGAGCACAGUUUCCUUUUUAGGACACGUGGUGUCCCAAGAUGGGAUUCAAGUUAAUCCAAAGAAAACUGAAGCAUUUUGA